CCUCGCAACUUUUCCCUCAGUUCGUUCUCAGCGUCCAUCGCGGAGCCACGUCGCUCCGCCGCGGAACUUUACGAAACCGGUUAUUAUUUGAAAGUGCUAGGUGUGGCCUACCAGUGUUUUAUAGUGUGUGUGUUGGAUUUACUAUUAUCACAGAGUGCGCGCAGUGAGUGAGCAGGACAACGGAACCGGUCGAAGGAUACGUUUUUUUUCUAAUUGGUCUAGUUAUGCUGUUGUGAGUGUGAGUUUAAAAAGUUAAAGUUACAAGAUGGCUGCUUUUCCCGCGUUUCUGCUGCUGUUCGUCGCCGUCGUUUCAGGCCAAAUACAAAUAACGCCUCGUGAAGCAGUCCGGCAAGUAGGAGAGAGCCUCGACGUGUUGUGCAAAGUCAACUAUCCCAUCUCAUUCUGUCGGGUGGAGAUCGGAAGGGAGUCCUACACGAUCCCCAGCAAUUCCCCUGCGCCAGGAGACCCCACCUACUAUGGGAAAGGUCUACAGGAGGGUGAAUGCGGGGCGCACAUCACGAAUAUAAAAGAGGCGUGGAACGGAGACGUGUACUGUUCGGUGCCGCAACAGAUCGGCAGCCGGGAGAUCAAGCAGUCUAUGAAGCUUAUAGUUGCACGACCCCCCGGCAACCCCGAGCUGAUAGUGUCCCCGCAACAGAACGAACUUAAAGAAGGAGAGACCAUCCGCGCGAUAUGCCGAGUGCCGCGCGGGCGCCCGGCUGCCAACAUCACCUGGCAUUUAGGUGAAGAAGAAAUCCUGAACGGCCUCAAGCCGCCGGUCAUCACCAACUCCUCGGAGCCAGGACUGGAGGACGUGACCCAGGAGCUGAACAAGGUGUUGACGGCUGACGAUGACCAGAAACAGCUGGCGUGCCGCGUGUCGCAUCUCGGACUCAAUAGGCCUCUGGAGGCCCGCAGGCAGCUUGAUGUGCAGUACCCUCCUCGCCGCGCCGACGGCAGCAGCGACGAGCAGAUCACCAUCUUCGGCCUCAAGAUCCAGGAAGACGGCCGCCUCAACGUCACCGUCCGGUCCAACCCGGAACCCACGGUGGAGUGGAAGGUGUCCGACGUCACCCUGCUGCCUGGACACCCUAACAGCCACCCGAACGAGAACAGCGUGUGGACUGCCCUCCAUCCACUGCGAUUGCCCCAAGACGAGACCCCCGGCAGCGGCUACUACAACAUCACCCUCGUCCUGUCGCCCGUCACCAGCGAGGACGUGGAGCGGAACUACUUCCUGACACUCUCCAACAAGCAUGGAGAGAAGAGGCUCAUGGUCAAGCUCAGCACCCUGGAGCAACCUGCUGCUCAGGCCUCGAUCCUGCGUCUCAAUGUAUAUGGAAUGGAGCUGGAAGCCGGAGCGAUAGUCGGCAUCGUGGUUGGAAUCCUGAUCCUGCUGCUGGCCGUGUUCCUGGUGGUCUUCGCCAAGGCCACCGACAGAUGGUGCUUCGCAGGAGGCAGAGGACGCGAUCACACCAAGAACUCUGGAGAAUCGACGCCGGCGGGCGAUGUGCUUAUUGAGGGGUUCCCGCUGCCUUCUAGAACUAGCGACACGGAGAGCGCGGUCGGCGGGCGGCCGUCGCGGCUGGCGAGCCUGGGGGCGCGCGUGCGGUCAGUGCUGCCGAGGGGGAAGGACAAGGUGCAAGCUACGGAGCCACAGGCUGACAAGCCCCUAGCAGAAGAUAAAAAGGGCGUGGUCUACGCCGAGCUCGCUCUCGGCGAACAGACCUCAGAUAAACCCCAGCCGCCGUCCACGGAGUACGCCGAGAUCGUCUACACCGAACAGCCGAAGGAAACCAAGGAGACCAAGGAAUAGGCCUGUUUACUGAAGAAAAGAUCAUUAGUGAAGAAACAUACCUAAUUGAUAAAUAUCGAGAGUUAACGGGAAAACCAUUAGUAACGUACGUUUUAUCACUGACAGAAUUUUUAAAUAAAAAAACCAACGAACCUCGAACCAAAAAAACCUCGCGUUGGUGUAGUGAAAAAUAAAUUUUUGUGUUACACUCAGUGACAAUAUUUGUUUAAGUCUUGAAACCCACAGCGCACAAUUAUCCACUUUUCGAACCAUUUCAUUUUGGAUUAUUUCCCUUACUCCGGUAUCAAUAUUAGCACGAGCGGUUAAACAAUAACUUUGCCCCCUAGUAAAACAAAUAAAAUUUUUUGGUCAGUGAUAAAAGUAUCGUGCUAGCAUAAAGUAAGUAGAAAUGUAGUAGGUACAGCUAGGUACUUGAAAAAUCGUCAUUACACUACCAUACCAUUUACAAUACACUAAUAGUGUACAUAAUUAACUACAUUACAUUACAAUGUAAUUAAAAUAAAUUCACUAUUAAGUGUAAUUGGAAGUGAAAAGCGUUAAAAUCACAAUUAAGGUAUUUAAUUUUAAAUUGCUACUAUGUUGUCAUUAUGCUGAAUUUUAGCAGCAACACAGAAAUGUUUAAUUUGUAAAUUGAUGCCAUUGCUACUCAUCAUCUGUCAUUCAUAAAGUCAUGUACAGUUAGCAUCAAACAGAUAGUGUCGAGUAGUAGAGAUGUGGGGAUUCCGGACCAAAACUAUUCGGCCAUCUGACGGAUAUUUUCGGAACUAAAAAGUGGCGCCCUCUGGCGCUUUUUUAAACUAUCAAAUGGCGCCCUGUGGCGGAAUAGUUUUGGUUUGGAACCCCCAUAUCUCUACUACUGUGGCGGCUGGGGAGUGCGCUCGAUACUGGUUUCCCAUACAGUACCGGUACCGGGCAUUCCCGGUUCUCUCUAUACAAACUCAGUACCGGAAGCAUUCGCUUGUCCACUUUCUGUCGUAACUAUUUAUGUUGUGCUGAUUGUAUUUUUAAAAUAAGGUGUUCUCAGCAUCAAGGUACUGAAAAAUACUUAUUUUUAAUAAUAUUUGACAUAAAGAACAUUAAACAACAUGUUAUGCAGAAAGCAUUUAUUAUUUACUGUUAUAGUAUAGCUCUCAAAUAUGCAGUGCCUUGUGACAUCUUGAAACGUUUAUGUAAAAAUAGUAUUGGAAUCCACCGAGGAACGUAAAUUAUGAAUAUUAGUGUCUAUUAUAAGAAGUUGGUGUUAUUUAGAUUAAGUAAAAGUGAGCAUUUUGAAUGAUGAAUAGACGAGUUAUGCGAAAAUCAUACGCAUUUAAUGCAUGCUCUGGUCAGCCGGUCCAUCUAGAAAAAACCGGAAAAGAAAUCAUAGAAAACUACCCAUUUUAAUUUUUAUGCUAGUGACAAGUUUUGGCUUGCUCAAGACUUACUAAAAUAUUGUUCCAGCAAGAAAUUAAUUAUUUAAGCGCAAAUCAAUAAUAAAAAAAAUAUUUGUAAAGUUUAGAAUAUGUUCCGAAAUAUAAUCUAAAUAUUCAAGUAUAUUUUUUGUCUAUAAUAAAAUUUUAUACCUAGUUAUGAUGUAAUGUUUUUAAAACGGUUACCCAUUUAUUUGUCAUUUAAAAAGCUCAAAAUAGUAAUCUCAUUUAUGAAAAGAGUGUGCUUUUUGAUAUUGCAGCUAUUAUUAGGUAAGUGUAUAAAAUAAUUCUUAUAUUUUAGAGUUAUUCAGGGGAUUUUUCUUUAACAUGUUUUAAAUGCAUAAUUAUAUAUUAAAUAAAUGAAAAUGCGAUAAAUAGGGGUAACUUUAGACAACAUUGUUAUUUCUAUGAAGGUAAUUGAAAGGAAAUUAAAUGACUAGAGACUAGUAGUACAAAAAAAACAAUAUAUAUACAAAUAAACAAUACUGGACUGCCUUUUUUAAAACUGAACACAAUUUUUCCCAGUUACCCAUCUGAUGUUAGAUAAUGUUUUAUCAACUGUAACUGAGCUCUUCAGAAAAUAAUAAAACAUGUUGAAAAACAAUCCUUUGAAUAUUUCACUGCCUUCGCAGAAACCAUUUUAGUGAUGUACAAAAUAUUAUCAUAUUAAGUUAAUAUACAAAUCAUAUUAUUACCGAAACAUAAAAAUAUACAUAAUUUAUAAACGCUUUCAUUUAAGCUGAUGCAAUUAUGUGAGUGGGGUUUUUAUGUAUAAUAUAUGUAUUUAUUUUCCAAAUGAAAAGUUACGGUAUGCACCCGAGCUCCGAGGAUUUUGAAGUUCUCGGAGAUCGGAAUAUAUUGGAAUAAUUUGUCGCAUUAGGCCUCCAUCUACGAUUUUUAAUUUUAUUUUUUAAAUACAUAUUUGUAUGAAUUUACUGCUAUUUACAAUUGAUGUAUUUUAUAGAUGCCUUCACUUUCUAUUUGAAAUAACCACUGCCUAAAGACCGUAAUUUUUGUAUUUUUAUAGAUAUUAAUUAGUUAGUUCCUAUAAUUAUCAAAAAUCUAUAUGAAUUCUUUAUUUAUAAUAUAUCAUGCGAAUUAAUAUAAAUAAAAAAUGGACAAAAGUCCCAAUACAAUUUAUGUAAGUAUAUUUUAUUGAUUAUAUUGGAUAAAUUUACUAUAGUAUUUAAUAUUAUGUGUAAUUUAAGACAAAAGCAGGGUUAUAACAUUGGAGGCUUGAAUCCUUUAUAAAUCCACGGUACAAAGUUAUUUUAAUUUAAAUAUUUUAAUUAAAAAGACUUUAUAUUUUGACGUGGUUACUGUUCUUUCUAAUAGAAGAGACUAUUUGUAAGUUUAUUUUUAUUUUAUUCCGUCCAUCAAGAUUAGGUUAUUUUAAUAUUUACCACAACGCAGGUGCUUAAAGUGUAAUCAAUAAAUGUGCUGAGUAAAUAACAGUAAAUUACUAACGUAUAGCAGUAAAAUUUAUUUAAAAAUAUUUCCGUUACACAUAACGCACGGUCAAAGAAUGCUGAAUGAAAUGAACGGCUUUCUGUGCGUACUUUGACUCUAUGCGUGGAUUGCCUGUGACAAGGUGCGAAUUGGCUCACAAAUCAUUAGUAUAUAUUUUUUUGCCUGUACCUAGCGACAACCUGGAUUAUACAAUUUUCUAGCUAGCUACGCCUUAUAAUUCUAAGGAUUGUUUGAAUUACUGUUAUACAUUAGUUGUUUGCCUAUUUUAAACUAUUUAUAUCACAAUUUUAAAUCUUAAACUUAAUGCAUUUUCUAUAUUUUAUAUGUUUUCUACGAUAUUUACAAGGUGCUUCAUGUAUUUCAACGCACAUACGUAUUUGUAAAAAAAAACAACUGGAGAUAUAAUUUUGAACGGUUUUUUAUUUCAUUCGUACAAAAUUAUAUUUCUGUGGUUCUGAUGAAUUUCAAAAGUGGUAAAUUUUAGUUUUACAUAAUGAUUGCAUGAUGAUAUUUGCUGCAAAUCUGCGUUCUCAGCAGUAGAUGCCUUAAGGCGACGUACGCCGUGGCCGAUUUGUGAUUCCAUAUUCUAUCCAGGAAACUGAUGUAGUCAUGUAACCAGUAAAUAAAAUACCGAUAGAAAAUACCACAAAUCGACCUGUGUAUGUCGCCGUAAGGCAUUCUGUGUCGAAGACGUGAUAUUGCGAGUAGGCAAUAUUUUCAAUACCGUGAAGCCGCCCAACUUUUGCGAUGGAUGUUUCCAACUUUCCACUCAUCAAAUAUCUACGAGUACUAUCCGUUCGCUUCGAGUUGGCCGUUACUUCCCAGUCCGCUCUGCUCCACGUUAGGGUGGUCCAAAAAAAUAAAAUUAUGAAUAUUCCUUUGUCACAAGAUUCUUUAGUAUCCAAAAUACGCAAAAAAUAUGCAUACGAAAAUAGAGACUAAUUAAACAUCAUUUAUAGGUCGCUAUAAAUGAAAGAAUUCUGCCGUACAUAUGUAUGAAAAUAAUUUGACCCGUCAAUAAUUCUUCUUUGGAGAUGGUUUAAUGACUAUUUAUACGUUUUGUCUAUUGAUUAAAAUUAUUUAAAAAUAUGCCGGUCGUAAAUGUUACUUUUGGGUUCAUUUGUAUGAGAUUAUUGCAAAUUGCAAACCACUAAAGCAAAUUUGGUAUAUAGUUUUCUACUUAAUAAUGGAAUAACGGGAGUUUUGUGGAGAUAUACAUAGUUGGACCACCUAUUCUACGUGUACCUGCAACGGUAACCGACGGCCAACUUGAAGAGAAGGGUAGUAGAAGUAUCAAAGCAAAAGGGCUCUGUUUGGUAAGAAUAUUCCUAAUUUUUUUUGUAUACCUAUCCCAGAUACCGCAAAACUAGAGUUAGAUUGCCCCAAUUUGUCUGACCGAUCUGUAAUUUUAGUACAAAAUUCAUACAAACUGUACAAACUACAAAGCCGGUUGGGUAGUAAAUUAAGACGAAUCGAAUUGUCAUUUUCGGGCCGAUACGGUCUUGGACUCGGACCUUCAAGAAAAGAGCGUACUCCCAUCUAAAUGUUGGCAACGCACUUGCUACCCCUCUAGUCCAUGGGCGACUGCAAUUGCUUAAGCACCAAUUACAUCCACACUUCCCGAUAUCGGGCACAAAGUCACACCCCAUGUCGGGCCUGAUAAUUUGUGUAUAUCAUACAAAGUUGUAUCUGGGUUAUGUAUAUUUUUUUCCAUUAUUUUAUAAUCAUAGGAUAAAAAACGGUUUCACGGUACAAAAACUAGGUCAUGUGAGUAAAAUACGAAUUUCCACUUUAAUAACGAAUCAGUUGUGCUUGUAUGUGGCUUCGGCUGUCUGUCUGUGUGUCUGUAACUCUAGCAAGAGGUACUUAAGGCCGCGAUAUCAUUGUAAUUGUAAUAAAUUUGUGUCAUUUUUUAAA